GUAACGACCGAGGCAGCAUUUUAAACUUGUAGCAGAGACUGUUGUUAAAAGGCAGGACAGGGAAACGCAGCAGCCACCGGGGGACAGGUUUGCCGACUAAUUUGAUGUCAACCUCAGUUUUUUUUUUUAAAUCUUGAGAUUCGCAUGCACUAUAUCUUUUGUCGUAAAACCAAAGGUUUGAAUAACGUUCGCGUUCAAAGGUGGUUAACGUUAGUUUUGAUUUGAAUUCAUACGUGUUUGCAACCUGACGAGCAAACGAGCGUCCAGAGCUGAGCUAACGUCGGUUGAGGGUCGGGUUAACAAUAGUUUGACCCUUCCAGCUACCAUCGAUACCUGGCCUCCUGAAGAAUUUUUAAAACGUUUCUUUUAAAGACGUCGACGAGCACUUUAAUCCGAAAUGAGUGCGGGUAUUGCGAAGCCGGCGAACCCGUCGGCACAUGUCGACCCAAAAUCGGCUCCUCUCAAAGAAAUCCCAGAUGUCCUGGUUGACCCACGCACCAUGAGAAGAUACACGAGGGGAAGAUUCCUCGGAAAAGGUGGUUUCGCCAAAUGCUACGAAAUCACAGAUGUGGAGACGAAGCAGGUUUUCGCCGGAAAAAUCGUGCCCAAAUCCCUGAUCCUGAAGCAACACCAGAGGGAGAAAAUGACCUCCGAAAUCGCCAUUCACAAGAGUCUCAACCACCCAAAUGUCGUGGGCUUCCACGGUUUUUUCGAAGAUGAGGACUUUGUCUUUGUUGUCCUGGAGAUCUGCAGGAGAAGGUCCUUGCUGGAGCUGCACAAGCGUCGUAAGGCUGUGACUGAGCCCGAGGCUCGGUAUUACAUGAUGCAGCUGCUCAAGGGUAUCCAGUACUUGCACAACAACAGGGUUAUCCACAGAGAUCUGAAACUGGGCAACAUCUUCCUCAAUGAUGACAUGGACGUCAAGAUAGGGGACUUUGGUUUGGCCACUAAGAUUGAGUUUGAUGGCGAGAGGAAGAAGACCUUGUGUGGAACACCCAACUACAUUGCACCUGAAGUGCUUUGCAAGAAAGGCCACAGCUAUGAAGUGGACGUCUGGUCCCUCGGGUGUAUAUUGUACACUUUGUUGGUGGGUAAGCCCCCAUUCGAGACCUCCUGUCUGAAGGAGACCUACAACCGCAUCAAGAAAAACAACUACACCAUCCCUUGGCACAUCAACCCGGCAGCGUCCUCUCUCAUCAAGCGGAUGUUGCACGCUGAUCCCACUCAGAGGCCUACCAUCGCCGAGCUGCACACCGACGAGUUCUUCACAACUGGCUACAUCCCCUUACGUCUGCCCACUACCUGCCUCACAGUGCCUCCGAGGUUCUCCAUCGCCCCCUCCUCAGCUGUGGAGCUCAGCCAGAGACGCCCGCUGACUGCUAUUAACAACAAGGCAGAGACAGAGAAGGUGGACGUGAAGGACGAGCCUGGGCAAAGGGAGCCUGAGCCUGCAGAAAACCACCUGAAAGACAUGCUUCAGCAGCUCAACACCAUCAUUGCUGCCAAACCCUCUGAGAAGGCCAUCAUACGCCAAGAAGAGGCAGAGGAUCCUGCAUGUAUCCCAAUCUUCUGGAUCAGCAAAUGGGUAGACUACUCUGACAAAUAUGGAUUAGGCUACCAGCUCUGUGACAACAGCGUGGGCGUGCUGUUCAACGACUACACGCGCAUGAUAAUGUACGCCGACGGAGACAGUCUGCAGUACAUCGACAAGGCAGCAGCUGAAUCCUACCUCAGCGUGCGCUCUUACCCCACAACACUCAACAAGAAGAUAACGUUGCUGAAAUACUUCCGCAAUUACAUGAGCGAGCACCUGCUGAAGGCCGGCGCCAACAUGGCACGGCGGGAAGGUGACGAGCUGGCACGGCUGCCCUACCUCUCCCUCUGGUUCAGAACAAAGAGCGCCAUCGUCCUGCACCUCACCAACGGCACUGUUCAAAUCAACUUCUUCCAGGACCACACCAAGCUGAUCCUGUGCCCGCUGAUGGCUGCCGUGACCUACAUCGACGAGAAGCGAGACUUCCGCACGUACAAGUUGUCUCUUCUGGAAGAGUUCGGCUGCAGUAAGGAGCUGGCCAGCCGCAUUCGCUACGCCAAGCUCAUGGUGGAGAAACUGCUGGACAGCAAGCCUUCCCCCGCCGCACAUUAGACCACUUUUUUUUUUUCACCACAGUCUUUUAAUCACCGACCACUCCUUCCGGUCUGCCAGCCUCCUAACAGGACGGGAUUUUUCCUGUGUUUUAUUGAAGGGUCAUCUUUUGAGGCUUUGACAUGUACUAUGAAAAUUUAUCUUUCUAUCUAUAUAUUUUGUACAUGAAUGUUGAAUUUCAGUCUCUCAGCGCUGUGUUUCACCCACCGAUUUUUAUCGUUGUUCCUGCUGUUAAUAGAAACUCACUAUCUUAACUUUCCUUGGUGACGAUUGCUCUUGACAAACACGUUCCUGCUGAUGCAAUCGUAGCCGGCCGCAUCGCCGGCAGCGCAGCAGGCGAGUUGACCCCGUACAGUGAAAUAAGUCAAGGAGGGAAAGAUGCAUGUUCAGUACGCCUCCCUUACUCUCCGUGCUAAUGGUUUGUUUGCAUUUAUUCUUGUCAGUCAUGCAUUUAAACCUAAAGCCUAGUGGACAAAUGUGUUGUGGGGGAUUGAGGCUCAGUCUGGCUGUGUGGAAAAAAGCUUUUCUGGUCUGGUUCUCUAGUUUGUCUGUUUCGUCUGUUUUAUUUGGUUGUAUGUGUGUGUGUAGAGAAAUGGACCAUGUUAAUAUGUCUUCAUCAUGUACAUUCUUUUCUCUAGUUUACUUUUUACUCUUUUUAUAAGUGUUUUAGGUGUCUUGUCUCUUUCAACAAGAUGUACAAACGUGUACAUACUGCUGAGUAUCCAUACAGGUUGUAAAGAUUUUACCCAAGUUUAAAUAAAGAUUCUCUGAUCAAGACAAAA